GUAGCCAAUAGCCACGAACUAGCUUGCAAAACUGAAACAGAAAGAUCGGCGCUGCGCACGCGAAUCAAGUGUCGAACCGACGUCACUGUUAAACUGUUGUCAACAUGGCGUUCGUCAGAUUUUCUUCCUGUUGAAACUGUGUGCAGUGAGUUUAAACCACAUAAUCUGUUGAUUUCACUUUGAAAAAAAUCUAAAAAUUUGACAUUUGGGAAAGGCUUAUAAAAUCCGUGAAACCCCGCCCUGUAUACACAUUGAACACAACAGUCGUCUAGCUUGAAUCGUCUUGAUCCAUCACCCUUCUGAAAGUUGAUGUUAUGUUAAAACAUGGUCCAUUGGAAUAGCAUAAGGCUUAAACAAAGACAGAAAGGAGACAUAUUAAAUACUGGAAACAUAACUAGGAAGAAUUUACAAGUGCUUCAACCAUGUGGAUAACUGAAUGAUUAUCAAACCUUAUUUCUGGUCAUGUAACCAAUUAAUCAUCAGUACUUCAAAGAAAUUAAUAAAUCAGUCAGUACAACAAGGACUUCCACUGUCAACAAUGGGUAGUGCCUUGAGCAGCUUUUUCCAGUCAGGCAGUAACCUGCUUCCUGGUAACCAUCGUGGUAUGUCUGAACACUCCAAACAGAUUGUGCGAACGGUUUUUCAUGCUCUAAGAGCAAACCCAAGAGUUACUGUUCAAAGACUGGAAGGAUUGCUUUGUCAAAUCCCCAAGGGUGAAAAUAUUCUUUUGGCACACAACGAAGAAGGAUACAAUUUGCUUCAAAAAUGUGUAGGGCUGAACAAUGUGGAUAUGGUGAGAUGGAUUUUAACCAGAAAUAUAGAUAUUAAUCGUGGAGCAUGUUCUCUACCUCUUCAUAUUGCUUGUCUGAAAGGAUAUGAGGACAUCGUCGAAUUGCUUUUAAAGCAUGGAGGCCGCAUAGACGUUGAGGCUCGAAUGUGCUGGCCUGGUCCUCAUAAUCAAAAUUGUGAAGAAAGAUUUAAAAAUUCUGUUCCAGAUGAAUCUUUGGCAGACCGAUCUAGCGACAAAUUGCAGAGUGCUAUCUACUACGGAAUUGACGGCGAUCAGGUUGAAAUUCUUGAGCUGUUGACUCAACAAGGUGAUGAUCACUGGCUUCCAUGGCAACAAAAACGACCACUAUUGCAUAUAGCCUGCGAACGUGGCGCUUGGAGCUGCGUAAAAUAUUUAGUUGCAGAACGGCCAGAGGAGAUAAACCAGUGUUAUGAUGAAUAUUAUCCCUUGCAUCAGGCGGCUUUGCACGAUACGCGUUUCGUUGAGCUGCUAGUAGCGUGUGGAGCCCAGACCACUGUAAGAACGGCCACCCAACAAAUGACGGUGCUGCACGUCCUCUUCUUGCUGGGCAAGAAAUCGGCGGAGGAUACGCUUCAAACAGCAAAACUGUUGUUGGAUCAUGGUCUGCGAGAGCUUAUUAAUGAAGCGGAUUCACUGGGAAAUACCCCCCUUCAUGCCCUGAUAGUUCGUUACGCUUUGGAAGAGGCCAAAUAUGGUUAUGGCUACGGCUUUUCUGGUGGAUAUGGCGAUCACCGUCAAGAGGAGCCGCAGCCGUGGAAUAAGUGGGACAUGUUACAUAUAGUCAGAUAUUUAAUUCAUCAGGGAGCGGGACCGAGCAUUAAUCAGUCGGGAAACUCUGCCUUGGCCUGUGUUCUAAGACACGUCCGUGAUUGGGAAUUUCGGUACGAACUUCUUGACAUGCUCUUACAACACGGUGGCAAUCCAAAUGUGGUAGGACGCGAUGGAUCUGUUCCCUUGAUGGUCUGCUUGGUUCCACUUAUAAACAAGGAUCCUCUCCAUCAUUUUACACAUACUAUGAAGGUCUUUUACCUAAAUUGUGUUCGGCUUCUUUGUAAGCAUGGUGCUCACACUAAUUGUUCGUCAAGAUCUAACUUAACGCCGCUGCACGUUCUUGUUUUCACCGCUUCGGAAAAUAUUGCUUUAAAUCGUGAGGAGGAAAAAGCACAGGCAUUUGCGUUCAUCCGCCAAUUGCUUGUGAUUUUGCUGCAACAUGGACUUGACCCCAACGUGAGAUUCUCGCAACGCACACAACAUAUUCUGCUUUCGUUGAUGGACAUGGUUAUGAACGCCCGUUCACCGGCCGAUCUGGAUCAUGUUUACGCCCUCACUUUAACGCUUCUUCAGUAUCGCGCCGAUCCAAAUGUACACAUUGCUACAACGGAACCCAUGAUCUGCCAUUCGCAGUCAUCCGUUUUCCUCAAGAAGUCGUCUCACCAAGUUCUCUAUUACUACGUUCAGGUCAUUUUGCGCCGAGAAGAAUUGCUUCUAGAUCCGGAUCAGCGUUAUUCUCGCAUUAUUAUACUUUAUUAUAUGGCGAUGGAACACCGGCCUCUGUACGCUUGCCUCAAACUUUUAUAUACGCAAGCUGGUCUAGUCCCCAUGCGAUCGGCUCUGUGCCGCCUCAUCCGCCAGCUUUACUCUCAUCCACGGACUCUGAAACAAAUGUGCCGUGUCACCAUCUACAACGCCGUUGGACGAUGUUCUGCACUCAGCGUCAACAAAUUACCCCUCCCAGGACCCCUCAAAGAGUACCUUCUCAGUUUUGAUCCCUAAAAAAAUCAGUUGAGCGUUGAAAUUUUAGCGGAACAGUGUGGCGCACAAGAAGACACGCACGUUCACGUUCACGUUCACGGAACAAGUGUGUGCAAAUUGUAAACGUAUGUUUGUGCGUGUAAAAUUGAAUGCUGUUAUCUUUACUUAAGAAGACUCACGGAGACAGAAAUGUAUAUGAUAAUGUCAGACGAUUUCCUGAAGGGAUUUUAUAAGUUCUAUAAGCAAGUCUAUUCAUUCUGUAAGUAAGGUUUUUCUCCGCUAUUUUGGUUGUAGACAGAUUCGACAAUUGCUACUGUUACUCAAUAGAUGUCUUCAAAUAUUUAA